AUGGCGGACACAGUAGAUGACGCUUUCCGCCGCUGGCUUCUCUCUGUCAAGAAUCGCCACCCAAGCCAGGUUUUCGCUUGGUGUCAAAACCUGAUGCAGGCUGCCUCCGACGGUCUCGACGGAGAUAAAUCCACCGUGCCAUGGCCUGGCAGCAAGUCAUGGUCAUGUCCGGCCAGCGAUCCCGACGAUGCUACGUCCGAGCGCAUGACAAAGUUGUCCCUCAAGGCUACAAAUUUCCCGCGGGAUUCGUUUCCGACCCCGGACAAGUACCCCGGAUUGACGCGAACCCCGGACUAUGCCCGCUUGCUCUGGCCUGAAGUGUGUGGCUACCCUGUGUAG